ACACAAGGUGUAUGUCAACACAUAUCUCGGUUCCAGUCCUGCACUUGUGCUGAGGAUGAAAUUACGUCGUGUUACGAUGUGUUUGUAUUAUUUAUUGUGUUAUGUAUUUUCGUGUGCAUUUUAAGUGUCGCUGUUUUUAACAGCAGCUGUAACGGGGCAAAAUAAUUUCCCUCGGAUAUGAACAAUUCUUUUGACUGGGAUGAAAAUUAAAUCAGAUCACAAUCAUUACAAAUCGGACAAAAAAGUUGUCGUGUGGCGUCAUGACGCCUUACUACCGGUUGGUGGCGCUGUUGUAACUGUACUGCGUUCCCACCGCCGGAGAGACGUAGGCGGCUGAUUGGUUGUUUGGCCCUACACGGCUACCGUGGCUAAGUAGACAUAGCAGGCGCGUAGAUUUCGGUUUUGCUCAUGUGUGCUAAGCUAGCACCAGAUUUCCUUUUGAAUUAAGCUCAGAGACGCGUAUUUUGUCCCAAUGGAGAGUAUAAAUGCUAAAUACGUGUCGCAGAAAAUCAGCAAGACGAGAUGGCGACCGGUGUCGCAUUCGUCGUUGCAGCAACCAGAUAUUUUUGCGACUGGCUCGUGGGACAAUGAGGAAAACAAAGUUUCUUUCUGGUCCAUUUUGAAUAACGGAGGUUCUGAAGUGGAAGAUGGAUUUGAAGGUGACCCACACCUAUUAUGUGAACAAAGACAUGACGGCGAUGUUAUGGACCUUCAGUUUCUGGAUCAAGACAGAAUUGUCACAGCGUCUUCGACAGGAGCAGUCACCAUAUUCCGACACCACCAAAACACUCAGACUGUAUCAGUCUCUCAGCAGUGGGUGAGAGCACAUCGUUACCCCUGUGACAACGCCCCUUGUACUGGUGUGGUGUGCAGCAGUCCUGAGAUUGUUACGGUUGGUGAAGAUGGCAGGAUUAUUGUGUUCAGAGCUGACCAGGAAGGAGUAAUCAGAGUCAUAGAAAAUGCAGACAGCAGCACAAUUCAUGCCGUGACUUAUCUGAGAACAACAGAGAUCUUGACGGUGAAUUCUAUCGGUCAACUAAAGCUGUGGGAUUUCAGACAACAGAACAACUCGCCUUCCCAGAUUCUUUCUCUGUCAGGGGAUCGAGUUCCUCUGCACUGUGUGGACAGACAUCCCAACCAGCAACACGUUGUGGCCACAGGAGGCCAGGAUGGCAUGCUCUGCGUCUGGGAUGUGAGACAAGGCAACACUCCAUUUUCACUGAUGGAGGCACACACUGCUGAAAUGUGGGAAGUCCACUUUCACCCAACAAACCCAGACCAUCUCUUCACGUGCUCAGAGGACGGCUCGCUUCUGCACUGGGAGACUUCCUCACAUGUGGACAUGCCCUCCUUCCUACAAGGUGGCAGAAACAGCAGCAUGAUGUCUCACAGUGCAGUGUUACCGCCUGGAGGAAACCAGUCUCUUGUUAGUGCCUGGCUCAGUGGAGACUCCACAAAAGGCCGCUUGGAAACGACCCACAUGCUGCCCAGUCAGACGCUGCCUGUUAACAGUCUGGAUGUACUGGGACAGUGUCUUGUCUGUGGCACUGAUGGAGAGGCAGUUUUUGUCAACAGACAGGUUUCAGUUUAGAGGAGCUGGAGAAGAUGUGGACGAUGUUGUUUAAAAAGACAUUUGUUAUUUACUGUAUUUUCCUGUUGGCUGUAUUUUAUACAGACUUUCCAGUUGGUGUGAUGGAUCUGUCUGGGAGUCAAGUCUUCUGAUUUAGUUCUCUUUCAAAGCAGAAUAUUUCAUCAGCAGUAUAUUCUAUAUGGAUGUCAGUUAAAACAAUUUUGAGUAAAUAAAUAAGAAAUAAACUUGAA